GGGGACAGUGCCCAGGCUCUGCCUGCUGUCGCACUACCGCUUUUUGGACCCGAAGGCGCUGGCGGCAGUCAAGGCGCUGAGGGACAGCUAUGAGGAAGAGACCCUGAGCUGGAGGCCGCGCAACUGCUCCUUCCGCCCCCGGAGGGACCAUCCGCGGCCCUCGUCCUGUGCUGGGCUGCGCCACGUGGCCCGCAGCAUCGCGGACGCCCAGGAGGUGCUGAGGGGCCUGCGACACCCGGAGAUGCUCCCUGGCACCGACCAGACCCUGCAGCUGCUGGUGGCCGCGGGACGCGACCUGGAGACCUGCCUCCAGCUGAUCCCGCAGGGCUCCAGGAGGAAGUCCCCCAGGCCACCGCGGAGGCGUCACAAACCACGCAGAGCUGACUCGCCUCGCUGCCAUGAAGCCUCUGUCAUCUUCAACCUGCUGCGCCUGCUCACGCGGGACCUCAGGCUGGUGGCGCACUCGGGACCCUGUGUCUGA